AUGAGCCCUUCAGCUGUCAAGCGUUCCAACUAUCGUAUUGCUUCUAUUCCAGCAGAUGGGAUUGGACCAGAGGUCAUCGAUGCGGGCAUCGCCGUGCUGAAAAAGAUUGCAACCACAUUAGAUACGUUUGAGCUCGACUUUACGAAUUUUGACUGGAAUAGCGAUAGAUAUAAGAAAACCGGAAAGUAUAUGCCUGAUGACGCUCUCAAGACAUUGAAAACUUUUGAUGCAAUUUUGUUUGGCGCUGUUGGGGCUCCUGAUGUUCCAGACCAUAUCUCGCUGUGGCAACUCCGCCUAGCAAUCUGUCAACCUUUGCAGCAAUAUGCAAAUGUUCGCCCUACCAAGGUGUUCAGAGGAACUCAUUCUCCUCUCAGGAAUUGUAAGACGGGUCAGUUGGACUGGGUAAUUAUUCGCGAGAAUAGUGAAGGAGAAUAUGCUGGUCAUGGUGGACGAUCUCAUCAAGGUCAACCAUGGGAGACUGCAACUGAAGUUUCAAUUUUCACACGGCAUGGUGUCGAAAGACUCAUGCGAUUUGCUUUUGAAACCGCACGAUCUCGCCCGAAGAAGCAUAUUACUGUCGUGACCAAGAGCAAUGCUCAAAGAAAUGGAAUGGUCAUGUGGGACGAGAUUGCUGCUUUGGUGGCUAAGGACUUCCCGGAUUUGAAAGUCGACAAGAUGUUGGUCGAUGCCAUGACCACAAGAAUGGUGUUGAAGCCAGAGAGCCUCGAUACAAUUGUUGCUACAAACUUGCAUGCAGAUAUCCUUUCGGAUCUUGCAGCUGCUCUGGCUGGAUCCAUUGGAAUUGCACCGACGAGUAAUCUUGACCCAACUCGAGAAAACCCGUCCAUGUUCGAGCCCAUCCAUGGAUCCGCAUUCGAUAUAACGGGGAAAGGAAUCGCCAACCCCGUAGCUACGUUCUGGACUGCGUGUGAAAUGCUAUCAUGGCUUGGUGAGAAGGAAGCUGCAGAUCAAUUGCUGGAAAUUGUUGAGGAUGUCUGUGAAAAGGGCAUCAUGACAGCGGAUUUGGGUGGUUCUGCCACUACGAUUGAAGUGACUCAAGCUGUUUGUGAUGAAAUUGAUUCCAAACUUGGGCAGAAGAAGUAA